AUGUCAGCCUAUUCCGAGGAAGUAUUAAUUUCUAAACUCAACAAACUUGUCGACACUCAAGAAUCUAUUUCUCUACUAUCACAGUGGUUCAUGUACCACCGACGACAUGUAGCAACCAGUGUGGAUAUCUGGAAUCGCGAGUUACGAAAAGCAAGUUCAGCGCGGAAAGUAUCUUUCAUAUACCUUUGUAAUGAUGUUUGUCAAAAUAGUCGUCGUAAAGGUCCUGAAUUUGUAAGAGAAUUCCGUAAAGUACUUCCUGAUGCUAUUGAGCAUACUUAUCGUCAUGCGACUGCUGAUGUUCAAAACAAGAUAAGGCGUGUUGUUAAUAUUUGGGAGGAACGUGAAGUCUUUGAUAAAGAUUUUCUAGAUGAAUUACGGAGAAAUUUUUUGGGAACGAAUUCACCACAAUCUGGAAGUUCUAUGGCAAAAAGGCAAAUAGAUAAACAGACGAAGGCAGGUACCUCUAUGUCACCACCUCCUGGACGUUCUGAUAUAGCGAAAUUGGUUACGACCACUCAUACUAUUGUAGAUUUGGAAACUGUAAUUCAAGAAUAUGGAAGAAAAGUAGCAAAACUUUGGACGGAAAUAAUGGAAGCAGAAGAAAAGCCUGGACCAUCCAUUCUUUCGCAACAACUUGAUUACCUCCUUCGAGUGCUGAUAGAACAAAAAAAUCUGAUCACAAGGAAUAUCUCUAAUCGAACACAAUUCAUCAUUCAGAUGAAGGAAAUAAUAGCACAAGAAGAAAUGAAGCUUAGAAUUGAUAACAAAACCCUUCUAGAUACUCAAAGCAAAAUUAAUGAAGCCAAAGAAUGUUCAGAACAAUUAAAAGCUAUUACGGAGUUUCCAACGAUCACCAUUAUGGAUGAACAUAAUAAACAGCAACAACAAACUCAAAGGAUUCCUGAAAUUAAACGAGAGGAAUCCACAGAAAAUAACAAUUCAUUUUAUGAUCCUACCGCUCAUUUGAUUCUUCCCCCUACAUCUUUUGCCGCCGAUAUUUUACCUCCAUCCGAAACUCAAUUGUUUGGAGAUUCAUUAAUUAAUAAUUUUUUACAACUUCCAUAUCAACCCACGUCUAUUUCUUCAUCUAUAUCUAAUUCACCAGCACCAUCUAAUACUAGCGAUGAACAUAGUGAUCCGUUAAGGAAUUAUGUGGGAACGACUAGAGAUGAUGGGAAAAAGAAAACUCCAGUACAUCAAAAAAUAACAUUUUCGGGAAUCCAACCAACAGGAAUACCACAUUUAGGAAAUUAUCUUGGAGCCAUAAAGAAUUGGAUAUCUUUACAAAAGCAUAAAUCAGAAUCCGAAUUGAUAUUAUAUUCUAUAGUUGAUUUACAUGCACUCACAAUUCCGCGAGAUGCUAAAUUGUUGCAGCAAAGUAAAAUGGAGAUGACAAUUAUAUUGAUGGCUUGUGGAAUCGAUCCAAAGAAAUGUUUGAUUUUUGAGCAAUCAAAGGUAUCGGCACAUUCAGAAUUAUCAUGGAUAUUGAGUUGUGUUACACCAAUUGGAUGGUUAUCAAGGAUGACUCAAUGGAAGAACAAAAUUCAAGAACAAAAAAAUGUACAAUCAACAGAGAGUAUUGAUAUCACUCGUGAAAUGGAUUUAGGAUUAUUUGGAUUAUUUGCUUAUCCCGUAUUACAAGCUGCUGAUAUAUUACUUUACAAAUCUACCCAUGUACCAGUUGGUGAUGAUCAAAUUCAACACUUGGAAUUUACGAGAGAUUUAGCUGAAAAAUUUAAUAAAUUGUAUAAGAGAAAUGUGUUUCCUUUACCACAAACUAUCCUAGAUCCUUUGAAAAAGAUGUCAAAAUCGAAUCCACUCGAACAUUCUAGAAUAAAUUUGACAGAUUCACCCGAGAAUAUUUCACAAAAAAUAAAACGUGCCACUACAGAUUCGCAAGAAGGAAUUUCAUAUUCGCCUGAUACACGUCCCGGAAUUUCCAAUUUAAUUAAUAUUUAUUCCAGUUUUACGGGCUUAACCAUCGAACAAGUUGUAAAUGAAUAUAAAAAUAGCGAUAAUAAAAAGUUUAAAGAGUCGGUUGUUGACGUGAUCGUACAGAAUUUACAACCGAUUCAAAAAGAGAUUGAGAAAUUAAAAAAAGAGGAGGGAUACGUGAAUUAUAUACUUGAGGAUGGUUCGAAUAAAGCAAAUGAAAUUGCCAAAAGAAACCUGGAAGAAAUUUCUAAAGUUAUAGGGUUGCGUAAUUAA